UUUAGUUGAUAUUAAUAGUUAAGAUGGAAUCUGAAGGCAUGAUAACAAUGGGAUACUGGAAAAUUCGUGGAUUGUUCAGGCACAUCCAAUAUGUACUUGAAUACUGUGGAGCUGAAUACAACACUAAGUACUAUGAGGCUGGAGGCCCACCUGACUUCUGCAAAAAGUGCUGGUUAGAUGAGAAAUUCAACCUUGGAUUAGAUUUCCCGAAUCUUCCAUAUCUUGUCGAAGGCGACUUUAAAAUGACUGAGACAGUACCAAUCGUAUUCUACAUUGCUGAGAAGUAUAAGCCAGAGCUCAUAGGGGAGACAGUCAAAGACAAGGGAACCAUCAAGAUGCUGAUGAAUAUCCUCCAUGAUGCUAAAAUGAGUGCCACCAUGCCUUGCUAUACUCAGGAUGAUAAAUCAGUUGUAAUGGAAGCUGCUGAAAAAUCUUUUGAACCAAUCUCCAAAUUUUUGGGUGACAAAGAUUUCUUCUUGGGUGAUAAACCAACACUCCCAGAUUUAUAUAUUGCCGAACUUGUUCAUUUAAUUCUAGCUGUUGACACUGAGAAAACAUUUGAGGAGAAGUUCCCUAACAUUGUUGCUCUUCAAAAGAGAGUUGAUGAGCUUCCAGAAAUCAAGGCAUUUUUGGAAAGCGAUAGAUGCCCAGACAUUCCAUUCAACAAUCCAUACGCGAAGGUGAAUCCAUAACUUGUGAAAUAUCUUAAAGAAUUCUUGGAGAAUCUUAUG